GUACACGUACUCUUGAAGAAAUGCCACCUCUUCUACGUCAGCCAAAUAGGAAAACCAUGGAAUUAUGCUUUUUUGAGCAGUUCCAGUGUGCUUGAUUACCCUGAGCGCGGUUAAGCGUCUGUGGUUCGUUGAUUUUUCUCAGUGCCUACUAGCUAAAAGAAAAUUAGUUUCUGGGUUCAGUUUAAGGAAGUUUGGUUUGCUGUUUGCUGAUUCAUGGUUUUCGAACAUGGCAUGAAUUGUGGGUUCAGUGGAAGAAACUGUAUGUUGGCUUCCUCAGCUGUUUUGAGAAGGCAACAAUUCUUGAUAAGGUCUCUUGGAGGUUACAGUUAUCAUAGCCAUCAGACAAGGAUGCAAGAAGUGAAGUCUAUGGGUGGGAACAAUUUGGAGGCUGAUGCUGAGAACAUUUUGAGAGCAAUUACACCAACCCUUGAUCCCAGAAAACAUAAGGGUCAGGCAGGAAAAGUAGCUGUGAUAGGUGGAUGUCGUGAAUAUACCGGUGCUCCAUAUUUUGCUGCUAUCUCAGCUUUAAAAAUUGGUGCAGAUUUGUCUCAUGUUUUCUGUACAAAAGAUGCUGCUCCAGUCAUAAAAGGUUACAGCCCAGAGUUAAUUGUACACCCAAUUUUGGAAGAGUCUUACAGUGUUAGGGAUGAGGACAAAAGAACAAUCUCAAGCAAAGUUCUUGCUGAAGUUGAUAAGUGGAUGGAAAGAUUUGAUUGUCUUGUUGUUGGUCCUGGCCUUGGGAGGGAUCCAUUUCUUCUGGACAUUGUGAGCGAAAUUCUGAAGCAUGCGAGAAAAUCCAAUGUCCCUAUUGUUGUGGAUGGGGAUGGACUCUUUCUUGUUACGAGUAGUCUUGAUCUUGUUAGUGGCUAUCCCUUGGCUGUCCUGACCCCGAAUGUCAAUGAAUAUAAGCGCCUUGUUCAGAAUGUACUUGGUUGUGAAGUAAAUGAUGAAGAUGCUCAUGAGCAAUUACUAAAUCUUGCCAAGCAGAUUGGUGGUGUAACUAUCCUUAGGAAAGGAAAGUCCGACCUCAUUAGCGAUGGUGAGACGGUCAAAUCAGUAAGCAUCUAUGGUUCUCCUCGACGAUGUGGUGGCCAGGGGGAUAUACUUUCAGGAAGCGUGGCAGUAUUUGUAUCUUGGGCUCGUCAACUAAUCUUAGCUUCUGAUGGGAAUUUCACUAGCAGUCCAAGGAAUCCCACAGUAUUGGGGUGCAUUGCUGCAUCGGCUUUAUUGCGUAAGGCUGCUUCACUUGCUUUCAAGAAUAACAAAAGAUCAACCCUCACCGGUGAUAUAAUUGAGUGCUUGGGAACAAGUUUGGAGGAUAUUUGUCCAGUCCAUUGAUGCUGUCGACUUCUAGAAUGCAGAGUUUACUGCAACCGACCGCCAGAAAGAAUUCAACUCCACACUAGCUGGCUCCUUGUUCAACAUGAUAUCCUCUAAAAACAAGCUGUUUUCCUCUCGUUUUCUUCCAUGUUUUCUUUCGCAUGAAAAUAUCAUAGAGAAAUGGUGGAUCUUACUGUGACGGUCUUACCAUGUAGGAGUAGGAACUCGUUCACUUUUCUUUGUGAGACUCUUCAAUGUAAAGUGCAAUAGAAACACCCAGAAUCCUUCUUAA